GGAACAGGGCGGGGAGUACAGUCGUGGAAUCGACUUUACAACAACUGCGCGUAUUUUUCACAAAUCGCUUGUAUUCGAGAAUUGGACGCGGGUGAUAUUGCGGAAUAUUUUUGUGUUUCUUGUGUUCAUGUGAUCUGUUUGUGUUAUGUUUAGUGCAUUAUGGUGUUAUUGUGGUGAAUAGCAUAUGACUUUAGGGUAACAAUGUCCAGUUGACAUGUUUAUCUGUGUCGUGUGUGAAGAUUUUCCCUUCGCGUGAGGAGGUGCAGUGCGCUAGUGUGCGUCCUCGCGCCUUGUGUGCGUGCCGUGUAUACGCGGCCAUCCUAUGAUGAAUUGCGUUGCAUUUUCAUGGAAGUAUAGGAUGUAAGGAUCACCCAACAAUCGAUGAAAACAUCCCUUUUCAUGAACCCUACAGACAAAUCACUGUCAUGUGGUCACAAGCUUCAAAACCUGUGACUAAGAAGGGAGGCUUAAAUAAAACAUCGCUGAAAGCUAAAUCUGGCAAGAAACAACCUAAGAAGAAACCUUUAACUCAAAAGAAGGUUAAACCUUUGCAAAGAACAAUCAAAAGUCCAAAACAAAGUAAAGACAAAGUCGAAGAAAAUGUUGCAGCCGCACAAGAUGCCUCGACGCUGUCGGCUGGGACAACUAAUGUUGAGUCAACAAAAAUAUCUGCUAAAAGUUUGCCUACCCUUAAAAAGGCAAAAAAAGAAUCGAAGGAGAAAAAAGAUAUAAAUUUGAAGACGACAACAAAGAAAAUAGCCGUAAAAAAGGCUACAACAAAAAACAGUAAAUCUGAAUUAAAAACAAAAAAAGUAAUAAAUAAAGAUGAACUUAACCAAAAGAGUGGUGGUGAAAUAAAGAAAAUAGUCAAAUGCCCAAAAUCAAAGACAAAUAAGAAAGCUACACCUACAUCUACAUUAAAAAUUAGUGAUACAUCAUCGUCUAUUGAUAGUAUGGACAACACAAGGAAUUUAAGUUCUGAGGAGUGUCCUAAUAAAGAUAAAGAAAGACGGAAUGAACUUGAUCAAAACCUCAGUAUUUCAACAAAUGAGAAGAGUGAUGAAAAUAAAACUGAAACUUUAAAUUGUAAUUCCAACCAAAAUAUUUUGUCACCGAGAUCAUCAAAAGGUGAUUCAGAAAGACCACCAAAAUUUUUUACGUCUACUAGAUCUCCAAGGACUGUUGAUAUUGAUGUUAAGUGGAAAAAUUCUAAGGGGAGUUUAAAUGUUUCUGAUAGAUUCUUAUCGCUCAAGUGUGAACCAAAGUUAACCGAAUCAAAGGAAAAAAAUACUACUAGCACAUUAGUAGCCCAAGGUCCAGAAAUAGACGUUUAUACAUUUACUGAAAAAGUUGAUUCUCCUAAAAGUAUUUUAUCUGAUUUCCGUGACCCAAUCAAUAAAAAUAUUGGAAGGGUUCGGCCGAUAGCGAGAGUUAAAGGUACGAUCAUUGACAAAAAAGGAGAUUCAGAAAGAAAAAAGUUCUCUCCUCACAGACCUAUUGAAGAAGUAGUUAAACAAUUAAAAGCUAGUAAAAAGUCUGAUGCUAAUACACAAAAUACACCAAGUGUUGACUUAAGUGGUCUAAUCAACAAAAGCGAUGAACCCAAACCUAUAGUAAGUAAAUCAUAUAAGAUGGUUGCGCGAAAAUCUAGUGUUAGCGGCAAACCAUUUAGCCCCAUUAGAUUUCUCGAACAAGAUGCAUCAACAGCAAAGAUAGAAUCAGAAGCAACAGAGCAAAAAGUUAACGUUAAAAAAGCAUCACCUAAGUCAAAAAAGCGUCAAAUUCAAAAGAAAGCAACUAUAUCGGAUGGCGAUAUCGAUUCAUCAAAAUUUUCUCUCGGCACCAAAAUAAAACAUUAUAGUUCUUCUGAAGAAAGUGUCUGCGAGUCGAAUGAUGACAACGAUGCCAAAGAAUUAUCAGAAACAGACGUACCUAGGAAUAAAAAAUUAAGAGGCAAAAAGCACACAAGAAUACUUGAUAGUGUGAAAAAGAAGACCUCAAAAGAACUAAAAGAACUUUCAAAAGACUCCCUUAUUGAUCUCAAGGAAACCUCUGCAUUAAUUGGUAAUGAAAAACCAUCUAAGAGGCGCCUAAAAUUACUGUCUAUGUGGAGUGGACCAAAAAAACAUAGAAUGGCAUCCUUAAACGCCAUAGCCAAAGUACAUUGCUUGUACGAAAAUGAAAGUCGCAGUCAUGUGGAACUGGGGUUAAUGAAGACAGUUGACCGACAACCUAUUCCAAGUACAUCAAGAGCAGUGACCUCGAAAAAAAAAGAAACAAAGCCCAAGGAAAACGAGAAACAGAACAAUACAUCGGAAUCUGAAUACGAAACCAAAAUUGAAAAAGGCAAAGAAAGUUCUGAUAGUUCUGACGAUAGUCCACCCCAAAGAAUUUUGAGAGGUGACCCAGGAAUAAGGAGUGCUGGAAAAUACUGGGACCCAAAAUCCUCAACCUCAUCAAGUGAAGACAGUGAAUUAGAGUCUAAGGGCAAAAUUAUAGUUGAAAGAAAGAAAAUUACAAGCAAAGUUGCAUCGGCUAAACCGGACAUUGAAAAAGCCAACCCAAAAAUGAAAAAGACUGCAGGAGUCCCUGUAAAGAAGAAAAGAAAUAGAAACGAAGUUGUUAUGGAUCUGAAAGAUAUGGUAGUACAAAAACGUAUGGCAAGUCUUAAUGCCACAGCGAUCCUAGCGGCAAGUUACGAAAAACGUUCACCGAAAUCUAGCAAAGACGACAGCACUUCGGAUUCGUGUAGCGACGAAUCGUUUUCCCACAAGCCAAAAAACGGGAAAGAUUCCGGCAUUAAGUCGGAAAUUAAAAAGGAAGAAUGUAAAAAAGAAACUGAAGAAUCUCAAACAGCUGAUAGGAAACAAAAAGUUGAAGUGAUCGUUAAUCAAGAUACCGACGUGACAAUAACUGGCGUUUAUUCUACACACCACCAUGAAGGUUUUUGCACUGUGUCUGGAAUGCAAUACCGCAUUUCCUCUACUAGUCACACCCAGACCACUGCAACUGCUAAUUCUGACAAGGAGGAAUGCUCACGAGAAGAUGGUGCCAGAUACACACCUUUGUCAGCAUUGUCUUCCAUGCAGCCUCCUGCAGACCACAUACAUCCCCAUCCGCAUCCUGUACCGGAGCUGGGUGGUCUGGGACGACGUGCAGGAUGCUCCAGCGCCUUCUCUGCACCUUCACCAUCAGCUCAUCAUGACCCAGGUAAGGAGAACAUCUACACUAAUAUAAGAAUAGGGUACAUAAAACCCAAGGUACGUACCUGCUCGCUUAAUGAACGGAAUUCUAAUUUUUUGUUUAUGAUUUGCGGAAUUUAACCACCAAUAGAUUUCUUCUCCGGUUCAAAUUAAUAUAUUAUUCAAUUUUGUUUUUAGUUUAGUAAGCCAAUUGGGAGUAUGUACAAA